AUGAACAAACGAGACCCAGAGAUAGAAGCCCCGGCCAAGCGCCAUGUCUCCCACCUCGAAGGCCAUGACCACGACACCUUUAAAGAGACUGGCUCUCUGAAGCUUGACACCCAUGGCCUUCCAUUGAGGCCACAACCUUCCAACGAUGCCAAGGACCCUCUCAACUGGCCUUUUCGGCUGAAGCUCUGGGUGCUCUUCCAAGUCUCCUAUCUCGCUUUCCUCGGACCAUUCACCCAGGCCGUCAUCAACAGCGCCUUUGUCCCUGUGUCAAAGUCAUUCCACAUUUCCGUCACGACCGCGUCCUACGUCACCAACGUCGCCAUUCUCGGCGCGGGCAUUGCGCCGCUGUUCCUCGCACCGAUAGCCAACGUCUACGGCCGCCGACCCGUCUUCCUUGUCGUCACCGCCCUCGGGGUAGCCAGUCAUGCCGCAUCGGCAGCUGCCGAGACAUGGUCCGGUGUCCUCGUGGCUAGAUUCUUUGUCGGGGUCGGCACUUCGGCCGGGAUGGGCAUUGGAGCAGCCUGCGUGGCCGACAUGUUCUUCAUGCACGAGCGCGGCAGGUUUAUGGGAAUAUAUACAGUUUUUAUCACCAAUGGAGCGCAUGUCGCUGGUAUGAUCGGCGGGCCCAUCGCGAAAUAUCUCGGCUGGAGAUGGUGUUUCUGGAUUCCGGCGAUUAUUCUGGGGUCCGCCUGGAUAUUGCUUCUUGUCGCUCUUCCGGAGACACUGUACCAUCGCAACAAUCUCACUGGCGAGUCCUUACAGGAGACUAUCAAAUUGGUGGACCUUUUUACUUUCAGAGCACAUCGUGGCACAGUCAAAAGAAAGCUGAAGCUAUGGGAUUUUACCCAUGUCUUUCUGAUGUUACGGUAUCCGAGCGUGCUUUUCCCAGCGUUAUACUACGCCAUUCAUUUCGGACUGGGCAGUGUGCUGUUUGCUGUGACCGGCGCAGCAGCCUUCGGCGGCAUCUACCACUUUGAUACUGUCGGCAUAGGGCUUGCGAUCGGCCUAUCUACUUUUAUCGGUACGCUCAUCGGAGAGAUCGCAGCGGGUCCUGUAUCCGAUCGAGUAGUUUAUUUGCACGCCAAGUCACAUAAUGGUGAUAUAAACCCGGAGAGUCGCCUGUACGCGACGAUUCCUGGAGCCAUACUUAUCCCUAUUGGCGUCAUCAUCGAGGGUCUUUGCUUCCAAUUUAAAACGCAUUAUAUGGGCCCUGUCAUGGGUAUCGCAAUUGGAGCAGUCGGCCUGCAGAUCGUCACAACCAACAUCUAUGCCUACAUCACGGAUUGCUACAAGCCCCAAUCAGCAGAGAUCUCCACCUUGCUCAAUUUUGGCCGUCAGGUUUUCUCUUUCACUCUGGGCUUUUAUAUGAUCCCUUUCGCGGAGAAGACCACCUUUGGCACCGCUUGGGCUGUCAUGGCUAUCAUUGGCCUGUCGUUGUACUCAGGCGUGGUUAUCCUCAUGUUCAAGGGUCGUAGAUGGCGCGAACAGUUGGGAGCGCCGUCCUUUGAUCGUAAUCUCUAG